AUGCCUGCGCUCUCAGGACUCGCAGACUUUGAUCCGCAGAAAGACAUCCCAUCCUUGGAAGGGAAAGUGAUAUUUAUCACAGGAGGGACUGCUGGUCUGGGAGCACAAUAUGUGAAAGCAUUCGCUCAACACAAUCCAGCUCACAUAUACUUCAGUGGUCGAAAUGCGGAAGCAGCAGAGUCUCUCAUCUCACAAAUCCAACAGAUCGCGCCAUCUGUGUCCAUGACCUUUGUCAAGAUGGAUUUAUCGUCGCUCGUUUCUGUCAAAAAUGCUUCCCGUCUGUUUACCAGUGAUAGACUUGAUAUCCUGGUGUGCAAUGCUGGAAUCAUGGACCAUCCGCCGGCAUUGAGCGUCGAUGGGUUUGAGAUCCAUUUCGCAACCAACCAUCUUGGUCACUCCAUGCUCAUUCGAAAGCUCUUGCCAACAUUGCUCGCAACAGUCAAAAAGCCAGGGGCUGAUGUACGAAUUGUGAUACUCACUUCCGUUGGCUGGCGAGUCAGACCAAGUGAUGGGGUGACCUACAAUACAUUGAAGACGAAGCAGGAAAAUGGAUUAGCUUCGUUAUAUCGAUAUGGUCAAAGCAAACUCGCCAAUCUUGUCUACGCCAAAGAAUUAGCAAGAAGAUACCCUGGUAUCACUACCGUAUCAGUACAUCCUGGCACGGUUGCAACCGACUUGGUCUUAAAGUUACGACCCUUACAAAGGCGGAUUGUCUACAUUUCUCAGUUCGUCCAAGGUAAAAGGGUGCUGACGGAGGCUGAAGGUGCAUUGAAUCCGCUCUGGGCAGCAGCCGGUGCUGAUAAGAAAAGGCUUGAGAAUGGUGGUUACUAUGAGCCAGUGGGUGUACUAGGCAAACUAGAUGCCGUUGCGACUGAUGUCAAGUUUGCCAGACAGCUCUGGGAGUACACUCAAGAGGUUUUGGAUAAAUCAGAAUAA